AUGCUCUCCCUCAUCACAAUUUUAAUCCCUAACGAAAUCCUCCUCCAAAUUUUCUACAAUCUACAUCUCCAAGACCUAUCUCGUGCCAAACGCACCUGCAAGCGCUUCAACACCAUCGGAAAGCUAGUCACAAAUCUCAACAUCAAAUUCUACAUCGAUGCACCGAACCAGACAGCAUGGAAGCUUAUAAGAUCUAUCCUCGCCGAUAACACACUCGGCGGAAAGAUAUCCAGAAUCUCGGUCCGUUGGCGGCGCAGGGAGGCAGAGCUAAGGAAGAGCUUGACGAAGUAUUGGCAAUGGACGGAUGUUGAAAAAAAGGCGAUUGGAGAUACUUGUUUAUUUUGGUGCUUAGCGGAUGGUACACGAGACGCGAUCAUAUCCGGCGUUAAUUCCGAAGCGCUACUCCCACUACUGUUAUGCUAUACGACCAGGAUAAAGAGUUUAAACCUGGGUGAAGUGAAGAAUAAACUUCUUUUAUUUGAUUCAGGACUUUUCAUAAAAAGAUGGGUAAUGCAAGCCUUUAAUUCUUGCGUAUCUGAAGAAGAUCAAGGGGAACUCCCCGGUCAAUGGGAGUAUACGGUCCGAGACCUGAAGUACGGUGAAAACCCCCAGGAUUUUAAUCAGUGGGUCAUUGAAGAGGCCCACCGGCAUCGUGUUCAGCAGGCCAUUGAAGAGGCGUUCGUUAAGUCAGUCAAAAAACAUAUUCCUGGAAUAUCGCGGCCCUGGGAUUGGGAUAAUUAUUGUUGUGGAUUAUGGUUUGAUGAGAAUCUGGAGACUUUGGAUAAAAGCCUGCCGUGGUUUAGGAAGUUGGAGAAUAUAGAGGUAUUCUGUCGGAGACGGGCUUUUGUGAAUGGGUCGUUUGUCAGGCUCGGUCAUUUCUGCGCUGAUCCGACGAAACAUGAUGAACUUGGUGGCGAGGAUUCGAAUAAAUAUUCAGCUGUUGAAGAAGAUGUAGAGUCUUCGGACAGCUGGGUGGCGGAUUCUGAGGAUGAAAUAUUUCCUGCUGAUGAGAAUGCAUGGUGA